AUGAACACCACCAGUGAGGAAUAUUUGGUGAAAGAUAUUUGGAAUGUGCUCCUGAGUACCAACUCGACACCAGUCUUGAACCUAAGUGUGGAGGAGACAAACCAGCCACCAGGAAAGCUAAUAGAUCAGACCAUUACCGUCAUUUCAAUCCUUGCUCUGUUCAUUGUGAUGAUAUCAAUGGGCUGCACGAUGGAAAUACCAAUGAUCAAGCUUCACAUUUUGAAUCCUAAGGGGGUACUGAUUGCAGUGCUUUCUCAAUAUGGGAUUAUGCCCCUAACAGCUUUCAGCCUCGCCAAAGCAUUCAGGCUGUCGUCGAUUGAAUCUCUGUCAGUCCUGAUUUGUGGCUGUUGCCCUGGAGGAACCCUCUCCAACAUCUUCUCACUGGCACUGAAUGGAGACAUGAAUCUCAGCAUUGUGAUGACCACAUGCUCUACAGUAUUGGCGCUUGGCAUGGUGCCGCUCCUUCUCUAUAUCUAUUGUAAAGGCCUGUCGCUCGCAAGUAAAGUCCCAUACGGAGAGAUUUCCAUAACCCUGGUCUUCACGCUCAUCCCUUGUGGCCUUGGCAUCUUCCUCAAUGACAAGUACCCAAAGUACUCAAAGAUAAUAACUAAAACAGGCCUGUUUAUUCUUCUUAUCACAGGACUAAUAAUUGGCACCUUGUCAGGAAUGUCAGUUGGGAGCCAUCUCUGGAUGCUCUUCUCCCCUCGCCUACUUGCUACCACAGCACUGAUGCCUGCUAUAGGAUAUGCUUUCGGAUACGUCCUCUCAUGUUUAUGCAGAUUACCAGAAAGGUGCCGGCAGACAGUUUCUAUGGAAACCGGAUGUCAAAAUGUCCAGCUGUGUACUACCAUCCUCAAAGUUGCUUUCAAUCAGGAAGAUAUUUCUGCUCUUUACUUAUUUCCACUCAUUUUCUUGGUGUUCCAACUUCUUGAAGCAUUAAUUCUUAUAGUGAUCUAUCGAAGUUACGAAAGAAUAAAAAAAUCGAAGGAACGCAGUGUCAAACAAUUUACAGAACACAAUGGAACAAGGUACACUUCCUGAAUUUAUGAAAACGUAUAACCUCUGGUGACCUUCAAAAAGCAGCAAAAUGGAGUCUUCUCUACAUGGACAGACAGAAAACAAUGAAAAGUUCAUAACAUAAUUACAACUUUUUUCUUGCAAACACUUCAUUUUUUUUAGAUGGUCCUGGCA